CAUUUCAGGGGACGAUUCCGAUUCCCAAAUUACAGUACUUCUUCGAUUCCCGAAACUCAGAUUCACCAAUUCUAUAAAUCUAACAAUCUGAAGGUGUUGAAAGUGAUUCAUGGUGAGAGAGAGAAUCUUCAGAAAUGGAAUUUCACCGAAUGAAAAGAAAACGUUUACAAGCGUUAUCAAAGAAACACGGGAUCCCUGCGAACAUUAAGAAUACCGAGAUGGCGAGAAGACUCGCGUAUAUUUUCGAGAAGGAAACUUUUACGGAAUUGAUAGUUUUGCCAGAUGAUUCUGAUGAAGUUGAUGUUGUUAAAGAUGAUUUAGUUGUUAAGAAAGUAAGAUUUAGUCCUGAGAACGAAGUUUUUGAAUUCACUCGUUCUAUGAAGGGGAAGGAUGUUCGAACGCGUAGCGAAGGGAUUGAUAAUGUUGGAGAAAGUGGAAUUGAGCUACGGCGGUCAACGCGGAUUCUGGAUAAGGGGAAAACAGUUGUAUCUGGUGGUGUUACUCAGGAAGAGUGUAAAGGAACCGAGUUGAUGGCUUUGGAACAGUUUGAAUAUGAGGCUGAUAUCUCUGAGAGUGAACAAGAUGGUUUCAUGGUAGAAAAGGUUGGGAGACGGUCUACACGGAUAGCAUCCAAGGCAGGGACCUUGUUACCUGCUAAUCGGUCAAAAUUGCUUGUAGAUAUCGAUGAUAAAGAAGAUCAGCUUGUCAAGAAUAAUGUGAAGGAGUUGGUAUCUAUGGUUCAGGAUACAGGAAAUUGCCAUCAUAGGAAGGAUGUGCAAGAUGAUCCUAAAUUUGAAAAGGUUCCUAGGCGAUCUAGACGAAUUGGGAGAGAUAUUGAUGUGCAGGCUAAUACCCUUGAGGAUCAGAGAAGGUCAACAAGGCUCAAAGCUAGAUCUACGGUGGUUACUAGUCAAAAAAGCGAGCUAGCCACUAAUCAAACGAAGGAGCUUUCAAUAGAUUGUGAGGUUCAGACAACUGAAGAUUACCGUAUGAUGAAAGUCCAGGAUGCUUCUAAAGUUGAAAUGGUUCCUCGGCGUUCAAAACGAGGUUGCAACGAAAUUAGUGUACUGAUGGAUAAGCAGCCCGUUAAGGCUGUGAAGCUUGAUCACCUUGGAGUAAAAAAGGCUCCAAAUCAGUUUAAGCAACGUGAAAAGCGUCUCAGUAAACUUCUAGUAGAUGAUGGCCAAGCGCAAAAGGGUGAUAAACAACCAAAGAAAACUUUUGGAAAUGGUAGUGAGGAUAAAAAGCUUCUACGAAGUUUGACGCACACUACAUUAGCUAAUACGCUAGGUCAAGCAAUGAGUAGUUCAACGAAGCCUUGUUCAGUUAUUGACAGUGAAAAAGAUGGAGCUUCUGUUGAUAAUCUGAAGAAGUCAAAUGUGAUUGAUGAAAUGCAGAUGGAUGAUUCAUUUGAGAAUCCAAUAGUGGUUGAAGAGAAUCUGGUUGAAAAGAAGACGGGGGAAACUCUUGAAAAGAAGAGGGAUAGAUCACGUCAGGGCAAUCAAACGCCAAGAAAACUUUUGGAUCAGUACGCUCAUUUUGAGCAAGAAGAAGCAGACAAGAGUAAUGUCGGAUCUAGAGGCUCUUCCAAGAGGUCAGAGACAAUGAAUCAAAUAUGUGUUAAGGAGAAGCCACAAGGAAUGAUCGAGAACUCAACUUUUCCAUCUGACACCAAAGCUGCAGAAUCUGUUCUGAUUACUGAGAAUGUGUUGGAUUCUACACCGGAUAAAGCAGUUGAAAGUUCUCAAAGAAAAAACACUCAAGAGUUGAAUUCUGAACUUACGGAAGAUAAACGUGAAGAGAGACUUGAGCGAGACUCAGUUUUGAUUGCUGCGGUUAAGGAGAACGAAAAGGAAGUAUCAUCAUGCUCUGUACUUCUUAGCGAUCGUUUAUCACCUGCUUCAAUGCAAUAUUCAGUAAGCAAUUCUAAAGCUGAGCUAUUCGCCCCUACUGGCCAUAUCUUUGUUAAAGAAAAUGCUUCUAUAGUUGUUGAGGAAAAUACCAAAACCAUGGACGAAAUCCUUAUUUGCACUCCUAUGUCUGAGCUCAAGGAGCAGACCUGUCUAGAAGCAAUCCUGGAAAAUUCAGCUGAAUGUUGGAAAGAGAUUCACCCAAGCAAAGCUGACGAGAAAAUAUCCUUAGAGAAGGACGUACAAGCAGCAAAUUUACAUGGAAACGUUUUGGAAUACAAUACUGUCGGUUGUCUUAGUGCUGGACCUGCUAUUGGCUCUUCCAACACUAUGAAGACAGUGAAUCAAGAAUUGGUAAAAGAUACGCAACAAGGAAUGACUGAGGAGCACUCACCUUCUACAUCUGAAACCAAAGCUGCAGAACCUGUUACGAUUUCUAAGAACGAUUUGGAUUUUGCACUGAAAGUUUCCGGUCAUUCACUGGAAAGAUGCACGCAAGACUUGGAUUCUGAACUUCUAGAAGGAGAACAUGAGCAGAAAACAUUUCUCAUGGCUGUGACUAAGAAGGGUAAAGGGGAAGCAUCAUCACUGUCUAAGUUUCUUGUUGAGCGUUCAGAAGUGAACACACGCCCUGAUAUCCGCAGCACUGGUUGUUAUCUAUCUGUGGAAGAAACUACCUCUCCUGCUAAAGCACAUUUACGAAUGAGCCAUCCAAAAGCCAAGCUAGGCGUGCCUACAAGCCGUAUCUUUGACAAGGAUAUUGUUUCGACAGUUAUCACCGAGGAAAAUAUUAAAACCAAGGAAGACACCCUUAUUUGCACUCCUAGAUCUGAGCUUAAGGAGCAUAGCUCUAUCUCUAAGUUAGCCAAAAUUGAAGCUGAAUGUUGUAAGGAGACUCACUUAAGCAAAGAUGAUGAGAAAGGAAUGGAGGACUCACUUUCUACAUCUGAAACCAAAGCUGCAGUUUCUGUUAUGAUUUCUGAGAAUGUUUUAGAAACUACUCUGGAAAGCUCAAUUGAUAUUUCACAGAGAAGAAACACUCAAGAGUUGCAUUCUGAACUUAUGGAAGGAGAAUGUGAAGAGAAACAUGAGCAAGACACAGUUCUGAUGGCUUCAACUAAGGAAAAAGUGGAAUCAUCAUCACUGUCUUUAUUUCUUAUGGAGCGCUCAGAAGUGAACAACCCUGCAGUCGAGCUUUUUGUAGAAACCACACAACCUCCUACUUCAGUACUGUUAGCAGUGAGCAACCCGGAAGCUGAGUUAGGCGAUCCUACCGACCAUAUUCUUGUGAAGGAUAUUGCUUCAACAGUUAUUGCCAAGGAAGAUAUCAACACCAAGGAUGAAAUCUUUAUUUCCACUCCUACAUGUGAGCUGAAGGAGCACAACUUUGUAGCUAAAUUAGCAGAAGAAAAGGCAAUCCUGGAAUAUUCAUCUGAAUGUCAGAACGAGAUUCAAUCAGGCGAAGAUGGUGAGACAGGUUCCUUAAAGAAGACAAUACAAGCAGAAAAUCUUUAUGGAAACUUUUCUGGAUACAACACUAAGAAUAGUUCUCUUGGUGAAUGUGUAAAUCUGGAGAUGCUGGAUGAGAUUCUGGAGAAAUCCGAGCAGAAAAGUUAUUUUGAAAGAGGUUGCAAACUUAACGCGUUAGAGCUAAAAAGAUGCUCGUCAACUGAUAUCACUUCUCAUUCUCUUGAGGAAAAUAACGUUUCAAAGUGUUUUGAGGAAGAUAACACAGAAGCUCUGUCCCUACCUCUACCUAGAAACAACGAUUCUAGUUCCUCUGAUGAGUUAGCUAUAUUUACUACCCCAGAAAGGAAGUUGAUGUUGAUGGAACGAAGCAGUGAAAGGGGAAAGAUGCGUGCAGCUGAUUCAGUGACCCAACACAAUGAUGAAGCAGUAGAGUCUCAUGCUAUUGUUUUCACAACUCCUAAACAAGUUUCAACGCUGGGGAAUGCUGAGAUAGAUGAGGCCGGAAAGGAAGACGAAGCUGAAGUAUCCACUGGGCUACAGAAUGAUCAACCUUUAGCAAAUUUUGAACCAAACGAAACAGGAUGGCAAGGAAUCAAUAGUGCUGAGAAGUCAUGUCUUUUUACAAGCGCGGAGAGACAACUAUUGUACGGAGGAUCUGAACAAAAGGAAGCAGUAAUUAUUGGAGAAAUAGUGGGUGAAGAGUUUCAUGACGUGUAUGUUAUUCCAAAUGUUCCAGUUAAACAUACCUUUCCAGAAAACUCAGAAUUGGACGAAGCUGCAGAAGGUGAUGUUAAUAAGUCUGUUAAAUUGCGAGUUGACUCUGGCAUUUUCACUAGUGCCGAGAAACAUUUUGAAACAGAUGAAGGGGUAAAAGGAGACAAUAUAACUGCUAAGUCUCAUGUUGUCUCUGAUCUUCUCACUGCUGCCGAGGGCCACUUUCUUCUGAUGGGAGUGUCUGAACCAGAUGAAGCUGAAAAAAGCAGGGAAAAGGGAAUGGCUCUUGCAGCUGAAUCAAUGACCGAACGAAACGAUGAAGUAGGAGAGUCUCAUGCUGUUGUUUUCACAACUCCUAAACAAGUUUCAACACUGGGGGAUGCUGGGAUAGAUGAGGAGCAUACAUCUACCAUCUUUCCUGAUGAAUUUGAUGUCAAGGAAUCAAUAGUGCUGACAAGUCAGGUCAAACAAGGAGAUCGAUCUGGAAUGAAUGAAGAAAAUAGGACUGUUGAGCUUCAACGUGAUUCUGGCACUUGUAGCCUGGAUGCACAUACUCUCUUGGGAAAUUAUGUAUCAGGUGGAGGGAACAACCCUAUGGAGUUUUAUGAAGAUUAUGUUGUUUUCACUGACCAGGAGAGAUAUGAGCUUGCUGGAUCUGUUGGACAUGAUAAAGCUAGAGAAAGUGAAGGAAAAGAGGUUGUGCAGUUUUAUGAGAAAUCUGAAGUGUCCACUGGGCUACACAGUGCUCAACCUUUAGCAUUUUCUGAACUAAGUGAAACAGGAAGGCAAGGAAUCAAUAGUUCUGACAAGUCAGGUCUUUUUACAAGCGUGGAGAGACAACUCCUGUACGGAGCAUCUGAACAAAAGGAAGCAGUAAAGACUGGAGAAAAAGCGGGUGCAGAGUAUCAUGAUGGGUUUGAUGUUCCAGAAAACUCAGAAUUGAACGAAGCUGCAAAAGGUGAAGAAAAUAAGUAUGUGGAAUUUCGAGUUGCCUCUUUCACUAGUGCCGAGAAACAUCUUGAAACAGAUGAAGGGGUAAAAGGAGACAAUAUAACUGCUAUGUCUCAUGCUGUGUCUGAUGUUCUCAGUGCUGUUGAAGGCCAGUUUCUUAUGGGAGAGUCUGAACCAGAUGAAGCUGAAAAAAAAUACAGAGAAAACAACGAUGUGGAUAUGUUGGGUGAAUCUAACACGUCCUUUGGCCCAGAGAUGCACAUGCUGUUUGGAGAAUCUGAACUAGAUGGAACAAAAAACAUACGAGAUUAUACAGCUACCACUUGCGAAGAGUCUUUUGCUUUCACUUCUCCAGAGAGACGACAACUUUUAGUAAACUUUGAACCAUACAGCGCUCGUAAGAAAGAACAAAAGGUGGUGGAAGACAGUGUGGUUCAGGAAAGUCUUCUUGCAGUUCAAGAUUUCAGAGAAAAUACCAUUGCUGACUCAAGCAGUAGUAUCGCAUCCAAAUUUGUUUACAUCAAUUACUCUAAUGCUGGGAUAGAGACUGCAGGCGCAGAGUUAAUGCCGAAAGGUUCUCAGGCAGAGGAUGUUGCAGGUCAUAUUUCACAUGUUGACUCGUUAAAUCUUUUUGAUUUUGAGACUGAGGAAGCAGAGUCAAUCAUGGAAGCAGAAAUAAAUGUUUCCUUUAGCUCCUAUGUUGCGUUACCAGCCAAAGGUAACUCGGAGACAAUUGACGAAAUUUCCCACGACCUUGAAGUUGCUGGAACAUGUUCCAUGGUGUCUGAAGAAUCUGGCCCUUCCACUGACAAUCAGAAUCAGAUACAUGAUGCGCUGGAAGAAUUGGCAAUAACAGACAUUAAUGAAGCAGAUAAGCUAACAAAGAACAUUCAAAAAGGCUUGGAGGGAAAUUUCCUGUUGAAUUCUUCAGGUGGCUCCUAUGUCAAUGUCUCUGGAAAGACAUGCAUCUUAGCUGGAACCGAGGAUGAAGAUGAAGCAGCUGGUCCUGUUGCUACUGCCUUUGAUAAGGAAAUGAUCAGCAGAGAAGCUACUCCUGAAACCAGAAAGGAGAUAUCCGAGAUGCAAGUGAGAAGAGAACCAAGCUUGAUUUACGGAACACAAGUGAAGCCUAAAAGACAUGACAUGAAAGAGAAUGCACCAAACUUGAAGAUUGUGCAUAAUCUUAACGUAACAGCUCCAAGAACAUCAAAGAGACAGCCGCUCCAAGACUUGGGGAAGAACUAGAAGACGAAUCUGCAUAUCUCAUGCACUUAUCUAAAAUUUCUCUUAUCCGCUAUAAUAAUUUCUGCUUCUAUUAUGUACUUUGAAACACCUAUCUUGAAUUAGUACUACUAAGCUAAUUACGUUUCAAAUUUGCAGUAUUGAAUGUGUUUUUAUAAAAAAUAGUUUGCCU